AUGAUCUCUAUAUCAAGAGGUCCAAAUGUGCUUUUAGUGGAGUAUCUAGGGCAUGUGAUCUCAGAAAAUGGGGUCAGCACCGACCCUGGCAAGAUAGAGGCUAUGUUGAAUUGGCCAAAACCCAAAUCAGUCAGAGCUUUAAGGGGGUUCUUGGGCCUCACUAGUUACUAUCGCAGAUUUGUCAAGGGAUAUGUUGUUAUUAGUAAGUCCUUAAUAGGGCUCUGGAAGAAAGAAGGGUUUAAUUGGGGUGAUGAAGCUGACAUAGCCUUUGAAAGGGUAAAGGAAGCAAUGAGUAGAGUUCCCACUUUCGGGCUACUUGAUUUUGGUAAACCAUUUGUAUUGGAGAGCAAUGCUUGA